AGGCUGUCUUCUCCUUCUGCCACUGCACAAAACCAGCGAUCUCAAAGCAAAGAAAUAAAGCAUGGCAGCAGAAAGAAAGAAAGAAGAAGAUCAAGCUCCAUUAGAAGCUCCUGAUUUAAAAAAAGAAGCACUUUUAGUCGGAUCUUCUCUGAAGAAAAGCUGGCAAUAUGUCUUGGCUUACUUCACAGGGCAGACUAUGAGAUUGAAGGCUAGAACUGAGAAGGAAGCCAGUGAAGCUGAACUGAAGAAGGCAAAGAUGCAGGUUGAAGCGACAGAUGAGGCAGAGAGAAGAAAGAAUGAAUUGAAUAAACGGUAGAUAUAUAUGAAAAUGGUCUGUCGAUUUUAUGUUUGGCGUUGUAUUUUGUGUUUCUUUGCUAUGGCUUGAAUUUGUAUUGGAGUUGAGUGAUUGCAGAACCUGAGAAAUGGUUGAGUAAUCUGUUUAUGUUAAAAGGAGAUUAUAUAUAUUGGCUUACAUGCACAAUCAAAUAAGUAGAGAAGGGGGUAAAUUUUCUUACAUAGAAAAAUUUCAAAGGGGGAGAGCUUUUGAACCUAGGCCUAAUUUUGUUGAUUUUCUUAUAGAAAAUUGAUGGAAAGGGGAAUCACCUCUAAUCAAUUGGAGGGACUUCAAUACAA